CUAUGUUUGUUGUUGCAGUUAAAAUAAAAUGAUAAUAAUUAUAAUGCCUUAACAAAGUUUACUAAUAUGUUAAAUUGAGAUCGUGCUGGUUAAAAAUAAAAUAUUUAUGAACUUUUUAUUAAUAACUUACGCUCGUAAGUAAAAAAAUAAAGUAAGUAAACAUGGCAAAGGACGAUACAGAUUCGAAGAAAAGUGUUAAAACCAAAACUAAUUUUGGGGAUCAUAAAUGUAAAAUAUGUACUAAGAGAUUCUCGGACAAGUCGGGGCUGGCACAUCAUGUGCAGCUCCAUUCAGCAGAACGUCCAUAUUCCUGCCAACUGUGCUCUCACACAUGUAAAACUAAGAAGUAUUUAAGUAAGCACAUAAAGAGAGUCCACAAUGCGGCAACAGAACAUGAGUGCAGCUUCUGUGGCCGGAAGUUUCAUUACAAGAGUCUCCUGGAUAACCACAUGUACAUACAUACCGAUGAGAGACCGUUCAAGUGUGACGUCUGUGGGAAGGGCUUCAAUUCGACCUAUUCGUUGAACACACAUAAAUAUAUACAUACAGAUAUAAAACCGUUUAAGUGUCAGUUCUGUGACUAUGCGUGUCGUGAUAAUUCGACGUUACGAAAACAUCACGAACGACAUCUAGGCGUACGGAAGCACUAUCAGUGCAAGAUGUGUGAAAAGAGUUAUAAAACGAAGAGAGUGCUGAAAGCCCAUAUAGCUGAGACUCAUUUGGACAUGGAAGUUAAGAAAAAACCAUGUAAUCACUGUGGGAAAAUGUUCAAAUCGAACACCACUUUGAACGCUCAUGUUAAAUUGGUCCACGAAAAGAUAUAUUCGUGUAAAUGUGACAUAUGUGGCGUGGAAAUAAGUAAUAAGUAUAAUAUGGCGGCCCAUCUCACGAAACAUGUCCAUUUUAAACCCUUCAAAUGCAGCUAUGAGGGGUGCACGAAGAAGUUCAAGGAUAAGGGUACCCUCAAAAAGCACUCUUUAAUUCACUACCCGGAUCAGCAGUAUGUCUGUACGUUGUGCAAGAAACGCUUCACGCGUAUCAAUCGUUUGAACGUCCACAUGAAACAACACAGAGUUAAAGAGAAGAGCGCUGUUUGUGAUUAUUGUGGUACCAGUUUUUACAGUAAAAAUUACCUCCGAUCUCAUAUAAUGAAGAAGCACUGCGUCAGGGAGCAGUUCCAGUGCGACGCGUGCGGGUUCCUCACCUACAACAAGCCGAGUCUCGUCAUGCACAUAAAAUACGGGCACGCCUUCGAGAAGGACAGACAGUGUAAGAUUUGCAAAAAAAACUUCAAAAUGCAUAAAUAUCUGAAGUUGCAUUAUUGGAAUACACAUUGUAUCAAAUACAACAUGUCUUUGAGGAGGCCGAGACCGAAGAAGAUUAAAAUUAUCAUAAAAGAAGACCACAACGAUAUAAAAGAGAUAGAACUAUUGCACGAAGUCAAAGUUGAACCUUUAAGCGACUCGGAUCCAGAUCAAAAGUCAACGGAGUAUUCGGAAGGUGUAUUUUCUGAGGAUAUCUCGAGAGCCGUUGAGAAUAAGGCGAAAAAGAUAACUCCAGUGACUCGCUUUGAAGAUUUCUUUAUAGAACAUAUUAUGCGACCUGACACGAAUGUUCAAGAUUCGGAGUAUGAUACGAAAUGUGACAAUGAAGCCAGGACUAGCAUAGAUAACGUCAUUAAAUGUAAGACAGGGACGAACUUAUCGGUUGGAAAGAGACAACAUCGUAUGGUAGUUGAAAUAGACAUCGCAGGAGAACCGGAAGAAGCUAAAGUUGAUAUUAAUGAAGUCACUAUAACACAGCCUAAUAAUAUUUACAAUACAAUACUAGAAAAUACGAAUGGAAUACAAAACGAACAAGACUCGAAUUCAUGUGUCACAAAUCUAACCAAAUCAAAUGGUAUCAUUGAAACUAAAAAUGAUUCCAAAUCAAUACUAAAUGAUAAUUUUAAUAAUGAUGAGUCUGUUGAAUAUGAAGACACAAGUGAAAUAGAAAACGAUAAAGAAUCGACAACGUGUGAAACAAAUCAAACCAAAUCAAAUGCAAAUAUCGACACUAUGGAUGUGUCUAUAACGAAACUGAAUGAUGAUUGUAGUGAUGACGAAACUAUUGAAAAUGACGAUUUAAAUGAUAGUGAAUAUGUUGACAAUGAAAAAACAUCGCAAUCGAAAAGGAUUAAAUUCAAUACUCAUCAAUGUUACGUUUGUUUCAAGCUGUACGAAACGCGAGAGAAAUUAAUAAAUCACUGCAAAGAACAUUUCGACGUGUGCAAUGUUAAUAUGUUAAAGAAAUGUCCUCUAUGCGACUACGUGACCAAAUUAAACCUACCCAGACAUAUGCUUUUAGUUCACAAAUUAAAUAUAAAACUACCAUUCGGCGGAAUAAAAGAUAGAAAAGAUAACAAUAAUGGUUCAAGAUUCUAUUACAAUAUAAAAAAUGACAAUUUCACCGAAAUAGAAGUCAUACCGAGCGUCAAGAAUCUAAAUAAAAAGGCAUACGUCGCUCUUGAUAGGAAAAAACGCGAAUUAGACAAUAAAGGUUUAACGAAAACUAAAUUGGUUAAGAAAGAUGGCGAAUGGGUCGUGGAAAAGGAAAAAAUCAACAUAUCGAGCAAUAUUAUUGUGCCAAAGAUUAAUUUACCAAAUAGUGAAGAUUAUUUGAGCGAAAUGAAGCUCCUGUACAGGAAAGCAAAAAACAACGGUAAAAAGAUGCUGUUUCCGUGCGAUAAGUGCGUGAAAAUAUGCCAAACGAUGAGCGCUUUGAAGUUGCACUCGAGGAAACACAAUCCAAACGCUAAGCCGUUCAAGAAGAAAGUAUGGAAGCAUAAAUUGAGUGAACAAGAAUUGUUAAAGUUAAACGACAAACCACAGAUAACAAAUCCCAAUCGAUACGAGAAACCGAAACCGAUCGUCAACAAACACAAGUGCGAUCCGAAAUUGAAGGAGUUCUACGAGAAUAAUAUUAAAGGUGGCGACAUACAAUUCUGGCAGUUUCUGAAGAUAUUCAAUAAAAUGUCGCGAGAAAAUGUCAACGAUUUCGCCGAUUUGGAAAAUCGUAAGGAAUUUGGUAUACAUUUUAGUUUGCCAGAGACUAAAGUUGAAGAGAAAACGAAAACGAAAGGCUUAAGUGAAGGAAAAACAAUUAAAACUAGAACAAGGAACGCGUUUAGACGAAUUAUAAUGAUUAGUAAGAGGAAUCACGAGAAAAGGAAAGCUAUGAUUGACGUUUUAAGGCGGAAGUUAUCAAAUACAAUAGUUGGGACGUAGUUACAUAAUAUAUUUUUCG